GAUGUUAUUUUUUGCGUAUGUUGGUGUCGCUGGACGCCCUUCUUGCCCAGGCGAAGCGAUGAAUUUUGAAUUUGAGAGGGAGAUUGGGUUCAUCAACAGCCAGCCUUCCCUUGCAGAGUGCCUGACGUCUUUCCCCGCUGUCCUGGAGUCAUUUCAAACUUCAUCAAUCAAGGACUCGACAGCAAUUCCACCUCCUUUCGAGCACACCAUCCCUAGUCUGAGUCCCUGCACAGGCAACCAGGCGCGACCAAGGAGCCAAAAGCGUAUAGCCUCUAAUGGCCUCCAGCUCCGGACACAAACAGCACCGACGACGCUGCACCAGCAAGGCCCGGCCCCGCUGUCGGGCAGCGCAGCCCUGGCCCAUGAGUUUCCAUGGAUGAAAGAGAAAAAGUCCUCGAAGAAGUGCUCCAAGACCGCAGCCCCUGCAGCAGCAGCAGCCUCUCCCUCUCAGGCAUCCUCCGGUUACACAACCGCGGGACUGGAGUCCCCGACGGAAGCUCAAGGUGGACUGGAUAAUGGUAGCGGUUCACGAAGGCUGAGGACCGCAUACACCAACACGCAGCUACUUGAACUGGAGAAGGAGUUUCACUUUAACAAAUACCUCUGUCGGCCCCGACGCGUUGAAAUUGCAGCGCUUUUGGAUCUAACCGAGCGCCAAGUCAAAGUGUGGUUUCAAAACCGACGCAUGAAGCACAAACGGCAAACUACGCACCACCGGGAUGGGCAAGAAGGCGAGCACAGCGGUUUCGAGCCCGUUGAAGGAACCGACGCUGCUUCACCUUACUCGAGCCAAUCUUUGGAUGUAUCUGGUUCUGGCUCUGGUUCGACAGCAGCUUCAGAGAGUGAUACGUGUCAAACAACUGCUUCCUACACGAACACUGCGGACAAAAGCCAGCCCACGCCUGAGGAGUGCCAGGCGAACCUGCCGGAGCCUACAUCUGUUCCUGACACAGCGGUUCACUCCCCCCCGUAUCCAACGCCUACUGCAGAUAACCCCACCACAAUGGGUGAGGGCCGUGUAGCUGGGCCGGAGCAUUCGUUCACAGAGCCGCAGGAUGCCAACUCUUUACCCGAUUUGAAUUUCUUUUCGACGGAGUCCUGCUUACACAUUUCGGACGCUUUAUCGCCGAGUUUGCAGAGCUCACUGGACAGUCCCGUUGACUUCUCAGAGGAAGAUUUUGACUUGUUUACGAGCACCCUUUGUACUAUAGAUUUGCAGCAUUUACAGUUCUGAACGACAGUAAUGAUAUCAAAAGCAUACAAGAACAAUCGAACUCAAAUUUAUAACAAUGUCAUAAAUGUUUCUCGACCGCAACAUUCCUAAAUUAAGACGGGCAGAGUGAAAUUUCAUGUAUUUUAUUGCCUUUUGAUUCUUGGAUUUUAGUCAACUAACAGCUGAAUGGUUGCGGACAUUUACAGUGAAACUCAAUCAUUGGAAUCUCAGGAAUUGUGCAUAAGGGUAGUCGAACUGCUUUUAGGAGUUCUCUCAAGACGGGCGUUGUCCCAGUUGAAUAAUUUACGACCUAGUAUAUUUAUUGAGAUUCUUUAAUAGUAAAUUUUAAAUUUAUUUAUUGUACGUUAUUUUCAUAGUUGAAAUAUUAAAAAAAAAAAUACACAAACAUUAUGGUUGAGCGAGAGUGAUUGAUUUAUUAAGAUCUAUUGAAUAGUUUCUUUUGAUAUUUCAAUAGUAUGCUAAAUGAU